GAAUACAGAACGCACGAUCGACGCGGUCAGCUUGGUCCUUCGACGUGACCUGUGGGAUUAACAAUGUUGUUGUCGUUUCUGCGUUCUCAGUUAGAUAUCCCAUUGUAUUGCCUAUGGCUUAUUGCCACACUGCUUUUAUGCAAUCUAAACAGUGUUUGUGGUGCUGAUACGGAUGAUGAUUUUGCUGAGUUUCAGGAUCCAGAUGAUUCUUUUACUAUUGAUAUCACUGAACCCGUUCCUAUUCAGUCUGUUCGGCAACAGAAAGCCGAAAGUAUAGAUAAAAACAUUUCAGAAAGUAGCUCCCAUGCAAGCUCAGAAAUCGACAGUGAUGAUGGCUCAACGUUACACGCAACCAAACCAUCUUCAUUUGACAGAACCACUCUAGAAGAUAGUGAAUUAGAAGUAGAGUUAGAUAAUGUGAACCCCGACGAUGAUGAAGAAUUUGAAGGUCUAUCAUCUGAUCAACCGAUCCUGAAUGCUGAUAAGAAUAACAAAGGUGGCAAGAGAAAUUUAAUUAUUGCAAAGGUUCCACAUCAUCUUACACGUUCAUGGGACAACUUUCAUUUGGAAAUGCUUUUUAUUAUGGCCUUACUGAUAUACAUCUUGAAUUUUGUAAUUGGUCGUUCUAAAAAUACCCAGUUGGCAAGCAGUUGGUUCACUGUGCAUCAAUCUUUACUUGAAGCAAAUUUUGCUGUGGUCGGAGAUGAUGGUCAAGCUGAACCUGGAAAUGGAGCAUUAAUGAAGGAAUCAGAACACUUGUAUUCUCUUUGGUGUACCGGAACUGUACACUGUGAUGCUAUGCUGAUUGAAUUACGUCUAGUGAAACGUCAAUGUUUAUUUUUUGCAAUAGCCAAUUGGAUUCGACCAGUUCAUGAUAGUAUCGUCGUCAAAGUAAUAAUGGAUGAUUCAGAAAUGGAUGGAUGGGUUAUGGCAGUUGGUCGUAAACGUCGUCUUCAGGCAUUAUCAAAAGAUCAUCAAGACUUAGCUGUCUACUGUCCAGAUAAACGUGGUCAACGACAUCAGUAUCUACCGGAAUCGUUUACUGUUUUAAGUGAAAUUUCUGAAGUUGUACCAGCAAUUCUUAACCCACUGGUUUGUAAAUUUUUGACUGAUCAUGAGGAGUCAAUUGACUAUCUGUUCUUCUCUGAUCAGUACAGUGGACCGAAACCCCCACAGGAGGAUACAAAUAUACCUACGAAACCUCCAGUUACACAGAAAGCGUUAAUUUUCGCUUUUCGAUGUAUUCCAACUGUUACAUCAAAGUCUACAUCCAAGCUGACGUCGAAUGAUGAAACAGUUAAUCAUCAACCGAUGGAAUCGAACACUGCUUUGUUCCAUUUUAUUUUCUAUAUGAUAGAAAAAGUUCGAAGAUUUCGUUUGAGUAAAGAGGGUAAGGGUAAAUCUGAAAGGAAUAGACAACGAACCCAUGACUCUCGCUUGAAAUCGAUGCAUAGUCAACGUCAGGAGGCAGCUCAAAAUCGUCGUGGUGAACGAAUGAGGGCAGUCAAAGAGCGUAUCAUGGCUGAAGAUGAUCCUGAUAAGGCUAGAAAACUUGAAGAAAAGGAACAACGCAAAGAGAAAGCGAAAAAAAUGCCGAGGAUGAAAAUGUUGAAGAUGAAGUAGGUGGUCAUUCGUUAUGAUUACAUCGAGAAGUGAGCCAAGGAAAGUUUCACCAACCUGUGUGUAUAGUCUACCUAGUCUUUUCUUGUUUUGUUCUAUUUUGCCUUGUCUUUUCUGCUGUUUACUCCUUUUUUGAAAUGUGUCCUGACAAGCACACACACGAAGCUAGUCAGUCAGACAAUGUAGAUCCUCGUUGUCACAGUAUUUUCAUCAAUUCUACCUACAGUGACAUUCACCUUUUUUGUAUAUGCUUGUUUAGCCGACUAGUUAUUCGAUGUGUAUGUGUGUGUGUGUGUAUGUGUGGUUGCGUAAUUCUUCACAUGUCUCAUAUAGUCAACAUUCACUGAUUCUUGUGUUUUAUAACUUCAUAUUGGGUGGGACUCAGAGGGGGAGUAUUUCCAUUAUGGAUUCUGUUAUUGGUGUAUCUGUGUGUAUUCAGCUAGUCAUGUUGGGAGUUUUCUUUCUUUUCAUCUAUCAAUUGCUGUGAUUAUUUUUAUUAUUAUCGUUAUUAUUAUUGAUAUCUUACUUUCUAUCUAUGUUCUCCUUUCCAUGCCUCUCCCUCCUCUCCUGCGUCUCUGUCUCUUGUUCAAUCAACUUUUGUGUACAUAGGCAAAGAGACAAAUGUUCCUCCCACUCUUGUACCAUUACUACUACUACUACCACCACCACCACCACCACUGCUCAAGCAGUAAGUGAACUGGUGCUAACUACCCCCUUAUCUUACCCUACUGACACUUGGACAAUUAUGCGGAAUGUGAGUACCCAUCAUAAUAUUACUGUUGGUUUUAACAUCUCUGUGUGUAUGCGUCUGUGGGUAUUCUUCAUAAUUUGAUUAGUGUGGUACUAGCAUUGUGUUAGUCAAUUCAUAAAUUGUAUUUUUUUGAAAAAUUAAUAAUCGAAAAAGUAAUCAAGAA